AACCGUCAAUAUAUUAGCAAAUGAGCUAAUUGGACGUCAGUCGAUCAGUGGAGUUUGGCUGCGAAGGUUGUGAUACGAGUAAUAAUGGCAGUGAAAGUCUUGCGUCUAUUGGCGCUCUUAUGCGUAGCUUUCGGGUUCGCUGCUGCGGGUUCAUAUGAAGGCUAUAAACUAUACGAAGUUGCGACGGAAACGAUUGCUCAAAGGAAUGCAUUGCACGCGCUCGCCCAGGAGGCUGGCGAUAAGUAUGAUUUCCUCUCUUUGAGUCGUGUGCACACGCAAAAGGCUCGUGUGCUUGUACCGCCCGCGCAUGAUGAGAGUUUUAGAACGGAGCUACGCAAUAAACAAAUACAGUUUGAAUUGAAAAACCCCAACUUCGGGCGCACCAUCCAAGCUGAAGUGCUACAGAACCGUAUGUUACGCCAGGCCAAACCUUACAGCGGCACCGGUCGUCUGGGUACCGAACGUUACUAUUCUCACGAAGAAAUCAAUAAUUACUUGAACGAUUUGGCUGCACGUUAUCCCACACGCGUAUUCGUACGUGUUGUCGGCAAGUCCUAUGAAGGACGUUUACUCCAGACCAUUACCAUUACAAAUGGUGAUGGCAUUACCGGAAAGAAUGUGAUCUUCAUGGAUGGCGCCUUCCACGCACGCGAAUGGAUCUCACCAGCGACUGUGGUUUAUGCCAUCGGUGAAUUGGUUGAGAAUUUCGAAGCGAAUGCUGAGUUAUUGCAAGAUUACGAUUGGGUUAUAAUGCCGGUGGUGAAUGCUGAUGGCUAUGAGUACACACAGUGGUCGAGCGCUACACGUCUAUGGCGUAAGACACGUCAGCCAGUGACAGUGAACGGCGUGACUUGCUAUGGUACUGAUCCAAACCGUAACUUUGGCUUCCACUGGAUGGGUAAAGGUGCAUCUUCCAAUCCUUGCUCAGACAUUUAUGCUGGUCCGAGUGCGUUCUCCGAACCUGAGACAGCUGUAGUACGUGAUGUAAUGCACACGCUCCGCGGACGUGGUAUUAUGUAUUUGACAAUACACUCAUUCGGCUAUGCGCUGUUCUAUCCAUGGGGCUGGGGACCUGAGCUACCUGAAACAUGGGAGGACCUACAUGAAGUGGCUAUGGUUGGCGCCGAUGCCAUACGUGAGUAUAGCGGUACCGAAUAUGAGGUGGGCUCCUCCACAGCACUUUAUGGUGAAGCUGCUGGCGCCAGUGAUGAUUAUGCCUUCAGCGAUGGCUUUGCUCUAUCCUAUACUAUGGAGUUGCCGGAUGGUGGUGAUAGCGGUUUCGAUCCUCCACCAUCGGAAAUCGAUCGUUUGGUGAAAGAGACUUGGACAGGCAUACGAGCCAUGGGUAAGCGGGUGACAACCAAGUAUCCAUCGCCGGUGACCAAAACACUCUCUUAAUUAUACUCACUCAUAUAGUAAGCGCUACAAAGCGCUUUCGAUAAAAUCAUGGGAAUUUACCGUAAUAAAAUAACUACUUCGUAUUUGCAGAA